AUGUGCUCCAUCAUUCCUCUCAUCGCUCUGUUCAUAGUCUCGGGCAGCGGGUUCAAUAUCACCGAACUGACUAUGUCUCAUGACGAGAGCGUCGACCAGGGGCAGACUAUCGGUGAAAGGACCAUUCGGGUUCCUGCAGUGACUGCUGUGCGCUCAUGUCAGAUAUGGACGGACUAG